UUUUCAUAUAUAUUUAUUCAUUUAUAUAUCAUAUAUUUUCAUUUAUAUAUUCAGCUACAUAUAUCGCUAUCUGUACCCCCCAAUUUUACUUAAUUUUCUUAUAUGUAACUCAAACAACAUAUUCUACAAUUUAAUCGAUCAUAUUUGCUCAGAAUAUUCCGAUAAAAUUUUUUAAUAUGAAGAAGAGAAUAUAAAUUCUUCAAAAUGUAAGUACACAAAUUAUGGAAAUAUUUAUUCCACAAUAUAUCAAUCACGUGCACUUUCAAUCAAAUCUAUCUUUUUCAAGAGAACAUCUUCAGAAAUAAAAUCUUUGAUGAUACAGAUUAGCCACAAAACAAUCUUUUCUAAUCUUAAUUUGUCACAUAAAUCUUUCCUCCAAGCUCUCGUCGAUGGUAUCUCAAAACAUUCAAGAUUACAUGCAUUAUAGCAAAACAUGCUCUUAUUGCAUUCUGCAUAACAUAUUGCAUUCUGAGAGAUCACUGUUUUACAAUUUACAUAAGAUAAAUAAAAUAUUUGAAUUUUUAAACUGUGUUUUUAUUUCGAAGCAUCAGGCAGAGGAACAGAAUUGCAUAAGAUUAACGAGCGAAAUAAAUAAAUCGCUUGGUAGCGCUGCAGGCUUUCCCAUUAAUGAAUCACAAAGAACGUUGUGAAAGUACUCGUAGUCUUGGGGUCUUAGUGGGCCUUACUACCUGCCUUACGUUACUGUCCCUGCAGCAGUCUCGAAGGGCAGACCUGACUUUUAUUCACUCAUUUUUCGAUGUUCAUACAAUCAUACGCGUAAUAAUGUACAGUAUAAAUUAACGUAGAUGUGGCUCUUUUAUGCAUUUCAUGCAUUAACACGUUCAACAUACAGUGCUAUUUAAAAUUCAUUCCGGCAACUUUUGUAAAUUUACGACAUUACGGAGAGAACAGUACGUAUUUUGCAAGUGCAACAUUUCUUCCACGCUAAGUUACACGUAUAUUUUGCUACAUAUUUUUUAUGCUUUUUAUGCGUAUAAUAUGCAUAAAAAUAAUAUAAAAAUUAAUAUAAAAAUUAAUAUAAAAAGUAUAAUAAUACGCAUAAAAAGCAUAAAAAAUAAAAGUUUCGAUCCUCGUGUUGAAAUUGGUUUCUCUCUAUUUUUAUAGGCUUUGAAAAUUUAUUUCCAACUAUUAUUGUAACUUUAUAUCAUGUACGUGAUACGUCAGGACAAGAUGAUCAUCAUCUUCGAAAUCCUCCCAAGCGUACGACCGCAUCUGUUGUUAUCAUCAAACAAUGUCAAGCCAAACGAUGUAUUUAUUGACGAAGUGGAUCACAGUAUUGAUGACAGUCGUACAGUACAAAUGGAUUAUCGAUAUGAAUCUGUCAGGUUCGAAAGUUUCAAGGAUUGGCCUGUGCCUUACAUUCGGGCCGAUAGGCUUGCAGAAGCUGGGUUUUACUAUCUCGGGAGAGAUAGUGCAGUUAAGUGUUUCGAAUGUGAACUGAAAAUACUCAAUUGGCUAGAAGACCAAGAUCCGAUAAUACAACACAAGUUGUUCUCUGCGACAUGCAAAUUCGUCAACAACGUUCCUUGCGGGAAUGUACCAAUAAAAGAAAAUUACAACCCUUUUUCGUCAUCAUCAACGGACCAAGACGUCGGACAGGAUGUCUGUGGGAUAUUAGACGACUCGCACGGAACCUUCACGAGCAAUGUGAAAAAUGCCAAGUAUCCCGAGUACUGUGCUUACCGUGAUCGCCUUAACAGUUUUUACUCCUGGCAUGAUAGACAGUGGCCACACACUAGGGAGCAGCUAGCAGAAGCGGGAUUCUUUUACAAGGGAAAUGAUGAUCAAACUCCCUGCUUCCAUUGCGGCGUACGAUUGCGCAACUGGCGCCCUAAUGAGGAUCCUUGGCAGAGGCAUGCCUUGGUGCAGCCCUGCUGCCAUUAUUUACUCACGAUAAAAGGUCAAAAAUUCGCGGAACAGGGUCGUAAGGUGACAUGGGAUUAUUUAGUCUUCAAACCAAUUGAAAGUCAGGCUUUGCCGAGCAGGAAACCAUUGGCGGCCAUAGAAACGCAAAAUCAACCUGGACCAUCUAGAGCGCAUCAAAAUCAAAGUUCACAGAGAGAUAUAGAAAAUAUAUCGAGUAACGUCGCAGCUUUAUCGAUUAUAGAAGAGGAAUCGGAGGAAGGCGCGGCUUGUGCGUCUAACACCGGACCUCCCAAACCAGAUAAGGAAGACUUGCCGUGCUCAUGUUGCUACAGUAAUAGGCGAAAUAUUCUAUUUAUGACCUGCCAUCACGUAGUAGCCUGUGAAACGUGUGCAAAUAAGCUGGACAUGUGUCCGAUAUGCCGUGAGAAAAUACAGUUCAGGUAUAAAAUAUGUAUUCCACGUAGCUUAUGAAAUUCAUGACUCGAUUCACUGACUGUUGCUCUGUCGGAUCCAUCGCGUAACUGGAAUUUCGGGCGCGGAAUAUUAGAUGAACAAAGCACUUUUCAAUUGUACAAUUGAUAAAACAUUGUUUAUUCGUAUAAGAUUUCGCGUUUAUAAAUAGCUUGAUUCAGCUUCGGAUACGUUUGCUUAUCUACCUGCAAAAGAAUUAUAAAAAUUAUAAGAAUUAUAAAAUUGUAUUUACACUUGACAUGGACGUCGUUUGUGACUUGAACGUCAUAAAUCUUGUAUUUUUUUAAAUCGAUCACAUUACAAUAAAUAAAUUUUGCAGACAUUGUAUAUACAACAGAGUUUUUAAAAUAAAAAAUAUGAGUUUGAUUUUACAUGCAUGUGGACGUCGCACACACGCUUAAAAAUGCUCGCGCAGUACAUCGAUUUAUAGACAUGUAAAAUCUGACGCCGUUUUUUUUAUAUCCCUUCUACAUUUUGCGUUUAAGAUCUGCUAUGAUACCGAUUAUGUCUGUCUAAUAAAUUAUAUGGUUUCCAGUUAGAGCGUAAUUCCGCCCACCUUGCGAAUUAUAUUUUAAAAUAAAAAAUGUAUUCUUUUU